AUGGCUGACGCACCUUUCGAGUUUCUGGCCCUCGGCGCCAUCAUCCAGUCAUUCCAGGUCAAGGGCAUCAACAUUGUCCAGGGCUUCCCCACCAAGGAGCUGUACGAGCAGCACAACUCUCCUUUCUUCGGCGAGACCAUCGGCCGCAUCGCCAACCGCGUCAAGAACGCCAAGAUUGACUCCCUCAACGGCGGCAAGUCCUACACACUGGCCGCCAACAACGGCGUCAACCACCUCCACGGCGGCAACAAGGGCUGGGGCAAGCUGGAGUGGAACGGUCCCAAGCCCGUCGGCGUGCGCUCCAUUCCCGGCGUUGACGGCCUCGAGGGUGGCGAGAGCGUGCAGUUCUCUCUGCUCAGCGAGGAUGGCGACGAGGGAUACCCAGGCUCGGUCGAGACCAUCAUCACCUACACUGCAGGUGUGCAGAAGCAGAACGGCAAGGAGGUCAACGUCCUGGGAAUCGACUACGAGACCAAGCUCGUCGGCGGCGCUGACGAGACGGCCGUCAACCUGACAAACCACUCCUACUUCAACCUGACGGGCGGACCGACAAUCGAGGGCACCGAGAUCACGCUUGCGACCGACAAGUACCUCCCCGUCGAUGACGGCGGCAUUCCUACAGGCGGCCCCACGGCUUUCGGCAAGGGUAUUACCGGUGGCAAGGCCUUCACACUGGGUGCUGAAGAGCCCGACAUUGACGACUGCUUCGUCGUCAACGAAGCGGCCGGCGCAGUCCCCCUGGACACACGCAACAGCCCUCUGACGACGCUCGUUCAGGCGUACCACCCAGAGAGUAAGGUGCACCUCGAAGUGGCCAGCACGGAGCCCGCGUUCCAGUUCUACACAGGCAAGUAUAUUGACGUGCCUGCCGUUGGCGGGCUGCCAGCGCGAGGCAAACGCAGCGGCUUUUGCGUUGAGCCGAGUCGCUACGUCAAUGCCAUCAACGUUGACGAGUGGAGGUCGCAAUCGGUGCUGAAGAAGGGCGACGUCUACGGCGCACGAAUUGUGUACCGUGGCUGGAGCGAGUAA